GUUACUUUGCUGCUGAUGGGAUAGGAAGAUCAACUUAAACGAUUAAAGGAACGUGUAUUUGGGUGUUCCCCGGACGUCAGCUGAGACAAUACACAGCGUUUGUAUAUUGCAUUAUGUUGGGGCUGGAUGCUCGCGAACCUGUUUUGUUCUGAAAAUGGAGCAAGUUCCUAAAGGAAUGUGGAUCAAGCCCAGAAUGCACUAGGAUGUAGUCAUUACUCAUCGCUCUCCGUUUCGUCAAAAUGCUAUUCCUCUGUAGCGAGCACUUUGUUUCUGUGUUGGGACUAAAGGUUGCGACAAUGUUUUGAUGUUAUUUCACAUGGGGAUGUAUAACAAAGCGGAUUUUGUGUGGAUUGCUUCUCGUGCAAGGCGAACGAUAAAGUCUGCCCAAGGGAUUACAGUGGUCGUCUCCAUCUUAGCAAUUGUUUCAUGGAAAUAACUUUUUUUGUGAUUGAGCCGGUGCGUCUGUGGUUGGAGAUGGCGAGUUGAUUUUUGCUGUAAUUGUUCAGGUGACACUGAUCUUGCACAUAUUGGUUUGGGUGGUAAAUCCAUGGAAUGCUUGAAAUAUCUUUUUGCAAAGUUAUAGACAGGCCUAAAGUUAACUGCAGUGGAAUCUUUCCUUUUUUAGCCAUUUGCUGGAACACAAUAGCAAAUUACGCGUUUGUAGCACAGGAAAACAAGUCGAUAUGACGUUUAUAACGUUCUUGAUGAUUAAUUGUUGUUGACAAAUGUUUUAGAGACUAGUGGCAAGUUUACAACUUGUUUGUAAACAGCGGAGGUUGGGACGUCUCUGCUGGCUUUCAUUCGCAUUCAAAUUUCUUGAAAACUAAGAUGACGUCAACUGCAUAAUUGAAAGCUUAAAAGCUUUUAACAGCUUUUUUCUUGUAUUUGUAGUGUGGCUUCUAGCAUAAACAUUCCGGUCUUUAAGUUCACCCAGUAGUUGCAAUGAGUUGAAAAGAACUAGAAAACAACCAAGGUUCUACCUUUUACUUUAUAUUCCUUUGUUCUUUAACCUGUCAGCAUAGAGAGUCACAAUGUCCCUCAAAGCUAAGGCGCUGUACACUUUCCAAAGUGAGAAUAAGGAUGAAAUCAGUAUACAGGAGAAUGAGGAACUGGUUAUUUUUGAUGAGAAUUCUAUAGAUGGCUGGUUGCAAGGGGAGAACAGCCGAGGAGAGAGAGGCAUUUUCCCAGCCUCUUAUGUGGAGAUUAUUAGGCCACGCUCCAACUCUAACCUGACGGACUGCUCCAUAAGCCCAGCUGGCUCCCCUGGCAAUGACUCUUCCUAUUUUCCUUCGGGUUCCAACACCUCUGGUUCCUUUAACAUGCAGCAGAGUUACUAUGACGACGACGAUGACGACUGGGAUGACUGGGACGACAGCUCCACUGUGGUUGAGGAUGAAGACCCCCAUGGGCGAGGUGCCAAUGGGCAUGCCCACCAAAGCUCCUUCAAUAACCCCAAUGUUCACUACCGCGCCAAGCCUCACAUGGAGAGACAGGACAGCAUCUCCAGCUCAAGAAAAGGCAGUAUGGUAGGCAGAAACCUCAACCGGUUCUCCAGCUUCGUUCGAUCAGGGGUAGAAGCCUUCGUUCUGGGUGAUGUGCCUAUGAUGGCAAAAAUAGCAGAGUCUUAUAACAUUGAGAUGGGGCCCAAAGGAGCACAGUGGGGCCUGAGCCCUCAGCCCUUUUCCUGCUCCAUCGAGGACCCCACCAAGCAGACCAAGUUCAAGGGCAUCAAGACCUACAUAUCUUACAGAGUGACCCCUAGUCACACUGCCCGGCCUGUGUACCGACGCUACAAGCACUUUGACUGGCUGUACAACAGGCUACUGCACAAAUUCACCGUCAUCUCUGUGCCCCACCUGCCCGAGAAGCAGGCAACAGGCCGCUUUGAGGAGGACUUCAUCGAAAAGCGCAAGAGACGGCUAAUCCUCUGGAUGGACCACAUGACCAGUCACCCAGUCCUCUCGCAGUAUGAGGGCUUUGAGCACUUUCUCAUGUGUGCGGAUGAUAAGCAGUGGAAAUUGGGGAAGCGGCGUGCGGAGAAGGACGAGAUGGUGGGCGCUCACUUCAUGCUCACCCUGAAGAUUCCCAACGAGCAUCAAGACCUGCAGGAUGUGGAGGAGAGGGUGGAUACCUUCAAGGCCUUUGCCAAGAAGAUGGACGACAGUGUCAUGCAACUGACCCAUGUGGCCUCUGAGCUGGUGCGUAAACACCUUGGAGGUUUCCGAAAGGAAUUCCAAAGACUGGGCAAUGCCUUCCAGUCCAUCAGCCAGGCAUUCAUGCUGGAUCCCCCUUACAGUGCAGACGCUUUGAACAAUGCAAUCUCCCACACUGGCCGCACUUAUGAAAACAUUGGGGAAAUGUUUGCAGAGCAGCCUAAGUUUGAUCUUUUUCACAUGCUGGACAAACUCUCUCUCUACCAAGGUCUGCUCUCCAACUUCCCCGACAUCAUUCACCUACAGAAAGGUGCCUUUGCCAAAGUGAAAGAGAGCCAGCGCAUGAGCGACGAGGGCAAGAUGGACCAGGACGAGGCGGAUGGUGUGCGCAAGCGCUGCCGGACUGUGGGCUUCGCCCUGCAGGCCGAGAUGAACCACUUCCACCAGCGUCGUGAGGUGGACUUCAAGGACAUGAUGCAGGCCUACCUCCAGCAACAGAUUGUCUUCUACCAGCGUGUGGUCCAGCAGCUGGAACGCACCCUGCACAUGUACGACAGCCUCUAGAGCCACGCAGUGUUCCUCACACCUACCCUUACCCUUGAACCCCUCGACCCUUCCCCCAACCAACCUCGAUCCUCUUUGACCAGGGCCGGCCCUGCUCUGCUUCCCCAUUCCUGCCUCUGAAAAAGCCAUCUGUUAUCCUUCUCAGCCCGAUUGCCGAACUGCUUUGAACAUGGGCAUGAAUACCAGGGAAUUCAGUUAAAUUGUUUUUAACCUUCCCUUGAAAUAAAAACGCCUGUUACAAACUGACAGCUGUUUCAGGAUUUAACAGCGAGUCUUAAAGCUGGUCAUGCCAGCCUGUGCACUUUCAAAGUCACUUUCUUGGCUGAGUCUACAGCCAACCUUUUUACAUUACCAGGAACGUAUGUACUUCUGCCUUCGAUUGAGAGUAUUUCAAUUGUAUCUUGUGACCAUAAAAAGAGUUUUAUAUGGCUACAACGUAUCUUAUUUAAAUGUCUUAACACAUUAAAUAACAUACAUUUUGUCAGUAUGAAUUUCAGUGGUUUUGCUAGGCUGGUGUUGACCAAACCCAUUCAGGUCAUGGCACUAGGUGCUUGGGGUAGGUAGCCUCUCCUCCAAGCCAGCACUGCACCCUAGCAUCUUUACAGCUUUAUAAAUGGCAAUGCAUAAAGGGAAUUACCCUCUUACUUGCAUCAUUUAGUGGUCCCAACAAGUGCCUGUGGCAAGAGAUGGCACAGUUCUUGGUUUUACUUUAGUUGGUUUAAACAAAGCUGGUCCUUUCUUGUCUCUGCUCUCUUGUGUAGAACUGUUAUAUUCCUCCAGCUGUAGUGUAAAGGCCUCAGGCUUCUGGUAACGUGGAUGUUUGUGUCUUUGAGGCAAUUAUUUUGCUUAUAUUUGCAAUUUUCAUCCUGUUGAGAAACAUAGUCAAACACUACACUGAUUGACAAUACUUGAUAUGAGCAAGAACUGUGUCGCUAGGCUUUAUGUGAUCAAAGAUAGACUUGGGUUUAUGUUGUAGCACACUGUGUGUCUGAUGAUAGCCAAAGUCCUAACAAUAUUGUUCUCGUCAAAAUCUGUGAUGAUGGAUUAAAUGCCUGGUUUCUUUG